ACCCCAAUAAAUACUCCCGCAAAAGUGUGAAGCCCUAGAGGAAGUAGACAGCCCAGACUCUGAGCUAGCGACAGCUGACGGGAGCCAGGGAGAGCACCAGCAGGUUUCGCCAUGUCGUCAGUGGGAAUGCAGAUGCUGGCCAGCCUCCUGGCAGUGGCGGGCUGGGUAGGGGUGAUCGCGACCUGCUGGAUGCCCAAGUGGAGGGUGACGGCCUUCAUUGGUAGCAACAUCGUGACGACGCAGACCAUCUGGGAGGGCUUAUGGAUGGACUGCGUGGUGCAGAGCACCGGACAGAUGCAGUGCAAGUCGUACAGCUCCUUGCUGUCGCUCAGCACCGACCUGCAGGCUGCUCGCGCCCUCACCAGUCUCUCAGUCGCCCUGGGCUUGGUGGGCCUCCUCCUAGCCUUCUUUGGGGGCAAGUGCACCAGCUUCGUACAGGAAGAGGUCAGCAAGGCCAGAGUCAUAGUCACCGCGGGGGGCAUUCUCAUCGCCGCCGGAUUCCUGUGCCUCAUACCCAUUUCCUGGACCGCCAGCAACAUCGUCAAGAACUUCUAUGACCCCCAGCUGGUUGACGCCCAGCGCAGAGAGUUUGGCCCCUCUCUGUACUUAGGCUGGGGGUCCUCGAUCAUGCUAAUCCUAGGAGGAGGCCUGCUCUGCCGCAACUGUCCCACCUCGGAGGAGAACGCUCCUUCUGUCAAAUAUCUCAUUGUGAGGUCAUCAAGGGUGACCAGCAAUAAGGGUUCCCAGAAAAGCGAAACCACUUUGCCGAGCUCCCCAACUCCUACCAAGACUUAUCUCUGAAUGCUCUGAAUGACUCCCUUAAUUGUGCUCUUUACUUUUGUCACUACAUUUCUUUCUUAUUGCAAAAAUGAAGGACGUUGCACUUUGCACUUUGUAAGUGAAAAUGGACACAGACAUGUGCUGUGUAUAAAAAGCAGAAAAUGCAUGCUUGGUUGGGUGAAGUGUUUGUGGUGUAAGUAUGAGAGUGAGAGAGGUUUUGAGUACUUUUUAAGAUGUUAUAUUGGAAUUACAUGUAGAUGUUUUCCAGUGUUUAAUAGAGUAGUGAAUUAUUCAUAAUUUCUAAGUGCACUAUGUUUUUCUAUUGUUUUUCAUUUUCUUGAGUCUCACAUACUAUAAUUGUACUUAUCAAGACUUAAAUAAGCAUAUACAGAUUUUUCAGUACUUAUGUACAAAUGAUCUAUGUGUAUGUUUACAAAAUUAUAAUUGUUUUCAAUUUUGUCACAAUAAAAAAUGACUG